CGAUCUAUUAGAAGCCUUUACUGAUGUUGUUGUAGGCAACAAAACAAUAGCAACUAUUGCACCUAUACUCGAAAAACCUCAAAAUGGCGAGUAUGACCAUGAAACUUUUAUACAAUACCUCCUUGAUGCAAUAUGGUACAUCGAUACUACAAUAAUUGACGGUGCUAAUGAUAAGACGAUUGAAAGUGACCGUCGUCGAAACUUAAGCAGCAUUGUUAAAUAUCUUAAUACAAAUAACAUCGUUGAUACCAAAAGCAUGAAGACCAAGUUAGAUGUCACUCUACUAGAAAAUGCUGGAAUUGUAGAAGAAAAAACUUUUGGCCGACGAUGUGUAAGGAUAAAUACGGCAUUGUUAUAUAAGCAACAAAAGUAUAACCUUGCACGAGAAGAAUCAGAAGGAUAUUCAAAGUUAAUGUGCGAAUUAACCAUGAGUUAUGACGCCAUGUAUAAAAAUGAAGAUGAAAAGUCUCGGAAUAUGCGUGUGCAAAGUCUCUUGGAAACUAUACAGACAUUAAUAGGGUUCUUUAACUUGGAUCCUAAUCGUGUUCUCGACUUGAUUCUUGAUGUAUUUAUUGCAAAUGUAAAAGAUCAUUAUGAAUUUUUUAUACGACUUUUAAAAAAUUCUCCUUGGCUACCAGAUCCUGUUGAUGUGGAUAAAUGUAGUUCUAACUACGAUAUUCUGGAUGAGUGGUUGAAUGAUAAGGGUAACCCAACAUGUGCUCAUUUGCUUGGCACUAAGUUUUCCCGUUAUAAAGGUUCCGAUACGAUGCCGGAUGUAAUUCAAUCAUUGCACAUUGCUUCAGCCAUAUUAGUUCAUAACGAGAUCGUGAAAAUUGCUGAUCUAUAUCCACACAUUCUUAAGGAGCCUGAUAAUAAUGAUCCAUACGAACAUAUAAACGGCAUUGCAUGCGCUUUUCUUGAAAUUGGCGACAUUUAUCAUGCACGUUACAUAUUGCAUCAUCUUCCUGAUAUUGGAGAGUCCGUCGCCAAAUGUUUACGAGAGAUAAUUAAUGUGGCAGUCCACGAAGUUUAUAUUACAAUCGCCCCUCGAUUAAUAAAGUAUUUUCCGACUCCGACGUUUUUUGGUUCUUGGUAUAAACAUUGGAGUGAAGGAAUACCCAUUUUUCAUUCCUAUAUGGAUCUCAUAAAUGAAAAAGGACGUCAAUUAUUGCAUUUUGUCGGUCCAUGGCUCUCUAAAGAUCUUGUAUUACUCACCAAACUAAUGCGUAUUGCAUUUCACCAUCUAAAAGAAUCCAAAAAUGCUCCAGAUCGCAAAAUUAUCCAAAAUGGUUGGAUCGAAAUACUCCUAACGGUAAUUUUACCAAGCAUAGCAAUGCCAGAUACUACUUGUGGUGUGAUAGAUGAGUUAUGGAACAUUCUUAAAUUAUUCACAUACGAAACAAGAUACAAAAUAUAUGCCGAAUGGAAGUUAAUUUACAGUACUCACUGGUUAUUAAGAGAACAGCAGAAGAAGGUUUCAUAUAUUACUAAAGAUAUUUUAAAGAAGAUCACUGAAGAAAAUUGUCGGGUGAAAGGUCGUGAUCUCGCCAAAAUUUCUCAUGCAAAUCCGACUGUUGUUUUUGAAAUUAUUCUAAAGCAAAUUCAAGCAUACGAUAAUAUGAUGACUUCAUUUGUUGAGGCCUGUAAAUACUUUACAACUCUUGAAUAUGAUAUUUUGACUUAUCAGAUGCUAGAGAUAUUUGCUUGUGACAGGAAAAGAUUAAAAGAAGAUGGUGUCAAUAUUAGUGAUUGGCUUAAGCACUUGUCAGAUUUUUGUGGAAAUAUGUGUAGGAAAUACGAUAAAAUGAACCUCGCAAGCAUUCUUCAAUUCAUUGUCUGCAAGCUCAAAGAUCGCAGCUCCGUGGAUUUAUAUGUUCUUUCACAGCUAAUUACUGCAAUGUCUGGAAUUAAAUACGAGGCAAUUCCUUCAAAUUUAGAUGUGAUCCUUAUGGGUACUGGAGAACAUCUACGGAAUAUUAAAUUAUUUAAUCGGAAUCAAAAAAAUGUUCGCCGUAAUUCUUUGAGGCUGGGUCAAAUUCUUAUUGAGGAAGGAUUUGCCAUGAAGAUUGCUAUACUGAUUGCUCAACUGACACAAAGCAUUGUGUAUGAAGCAUUUGGUAUGGUGGAAGAAUCAGCAGGUCUUAAAUCCUUUGUUCAUCAAAUGGAUCUUUGUCGCAACACUUACAUCCAAUAUGUAGACUUUUUAGCAAUGACUAUAGGCAUGGAUGAAUAUACUGCAAUUGUUCCUGAUAUUGAAAAAUUGACUAAAACAUACAAAUUACAAAUGGAAUAUACUUUUAUGAUGCUACGUCCAAUAAUGAAUUACAAAUUGAAGCAACAUACCGAUGCAAACGAUUCAAUGAAUGUAGACAAUGAGUCAGCGAUAAUUUGGCAGCCCUCCUUAUUAUCUAUAAUUGAUCAAGUUAAGCCCAUUCUACCGGCCUAUGUGUGGAAUGGGAUCAGUCCACAUUUCUUUAUUACUUUUUGGCAAUUGUCUUUAUACGACCUAGAAUUCCCGCAAGAGGAAUAUCGUAAGGCUAAAAAUGAUCUGCUAAAUUCUGCCAAUGACGAUAAGGUUCGUGAUAAAUCCAAAAUUCUUGAUAUCGCUCGUCAAAUUGACGAAGAGAGGCGAACACAUGAACAACACGUAAAAAAUGUUAAGAACCGAUUAAAGAUCGAGAAAGAUCAUUGGUUUUCCGGACAAUUCACUAAUCGCCAAGAUAUAAUAACACAAUUUUGGCAGUAUUGUCUUUUCCCUCGGUUGAUUACAAGUGCUGACAAUGCCGUAUUUUGUGCUAAAUUCAUUGAAACUAUGCAUGAAAUUGGCACCGCUAACUUCUCAACGCUCACAUUAUAUGAUCGGAUCUUUGCAGACCAAGUGCAACCAUUGAUCUUUACUUGUUCUGAAUCUGAGGCACGGAACUACGGUGCUUUUCUUCAAACAAUUUUGGCAUCCCUUAGUAAAUUGCACAAAAAUCCACAAGAAUAUGAACAUAAAGGUAAAGGAUCGGGGAUUCCAGGAUUCCAAAUGAAAUGGUCCGCACAUAAUCGCCAGCCGACCAGCAUUUCCGAAACUGAUCUACUCCAAUAUGAAGAUUUUAGACGUGUAUAUUAUAAGUGGCACUCAAAACUUCUUAAGGCUUUUGAACAAGGCCUUCAAUCUAUGGAAUACUUUUCAGUUAGGAACUCUAUUAUUGUCCUUAACGACAUUGUGUUAUAUUUCCCGGCUAUUGAUACCUUCGGAAAGAAACUUCAAGACAAUAUUGAUAAAAUUGUUAAAAGUGGAAAUCCCGACAUUUUAACUUUGACUAUAAGUUAUUCUGCUGUAUUAAAGGGGAGGCAACAAUUUUGGGUGUCUACUCGAUCAUUUCAAAAGCCAAAAAGCUCCAACGCCACGGAUUCAAUACCAAAUGAUGAAAGAUCGGUGAAACAUGACGAGAGAACCGAAAAAAAUGGUCCAUCAUCUCCUUCACAAAGGACAACUCAAGUUUUAGAAGCCUCACGAUCAAGUCCUUUAUCAAAUGUGAGAGGUGAUAACUUAUCACCCUCUCAUUCAACUGUUAGAACUAAUAGUCCACGAAGGCAAAUACAUCCAUUGCCUGACAAGCCUUUUAAUAAAAAAGACCGUGAUAGGGACCGAGAGAGGGAUCGUAUCAAAGAUAGAAAAGAUGCUCAAUUUGAACGUGAAAAAGAAAUAAAGAAAAACGAUUAUCACGAUCGAGACAAGGAAGCAGAAUUGAUGAUUCGUAAUAAAGAAAGGCUGCCCAUUGAUGAUCGGAAUAAAAGAAUUGAUCACCAUCCUCGUUUACGAGAUCGUGAAGAAAAAAUUAAGGAGAAAGAACGAGAAAAACGUGAUGAAAGGCGCGAAGAACGACGUGACAAAGGCAAAGAAAAAGAGCGAGAAAGAUCGCAUCCUGUUAUUCGCAGACCACGAGAUGAUCGAGAAAUCAUGGCAACGCAAAGAUUUUUAAGCAACAAGAAAAGAGAUCGUGAUGAAAGAGACCGAGAUGAUGAACCGGAAUUACCAGUUCCUUCAACAAAGAAGAGAAAUAUUGAACGGGGCAUCGAAAGUCUCGCUGCUACCGUACCUCCCCGCCCACCCAUCAAAUUAAAUCGUUCUGUGGAACAUAUCAAUGAUUUGGCUUCUUCAAUGCCACUCGCACCAAUGAGUGGAAAAAGAAAUGAUAAGCGUGACAAUCGAAGAAGAUAUUAA